AGAGAGAGAAAGAGAGUCUUUCUUCCAGUGGAGUCUGACAGGAAUGAGGUCAGACACACUGAUCCUCGUUGCACAUUAUUGUUAUUAUUAUUACCCGUUUUUUUUAUUCAGCCAAUGGGAGCCCGGGUGGGAGUGGCCUCGCUGAAAAAUCAGGAUGGAGACAGACGCUGAUUGGCUGUCGCGUCUUGGAUGAGGCGAUAAAAGGGCGAAGUUCUGCUCGUUGUGUUUACAGUAAUAUUACAGAGCGCAAAGGAAACAGGGGAGACUAUGAGAAAACGCAGCUGCUUCAUUCAGCCACAUGGUUCCUCCACCGCACAGACAAGCUGCGCUGCAGACAGCCUGGUUCACUUAAAGGACUUGCUCUGCUGUUUCCCACCACGGCGCGUUUCCACUCCUGCAGGGCGAGUUUUUAGCCGCACGGGCAGUUGAAAGUUGCUGUUUUAAAAGAUCUGGGAUUUUUUUUUGUUUGCUCUCUUUUUCUUUUGCUCCCGUGAAUGAAUAGUUGUGAGAUCGAGUGUCCACGGGGCGGACUGAACUGAUCUGAACUGAACAGAGAAAAACGAGAGACUUAGGUGAACUUUGUUUUACAGAUCUCUGUCUGUCAGAGAUUAAGAGGAGUUUCUAUUUCCACUUGAAGUUUGUGAAAGCCAGCACUCGGCAGAGGAGGCGAGCAUGGUGCAGCACAUGAGCCAGGCAGAGAGCGCGCACGCUCACUCCCCCGGCGGGGACUCCACGGACACGGGAGAGAUGGACCUGGAGAUGGAUGCGUCCCCGACCCCCGCGUCUCCCUCAUCCGGGGGGCGCAGCGACUUGGCGUGGUGCAAGACUCCGACAGGGCACAUCAAGAGACCCAUGAACGCGUUCAUGGUGUGGUCACAGAUCGAGAGGAGGAAGAUCAUGGAGCAGUCGCCGGACAUGCACAACGCGGAGAUCUCCAAGAGACUGGGGAAGCGCUGGAAGCUGCUCAAAGACACGGACAAGAUCCCGUUCAUCCGCGAGGCGGAGCGGCUCAGACUCAAACACAUGGCAGACUACCCUGACUACAAGUACCGGCCCAGGAAGAAGGUGAAAUCGGGCAGCGGAGCGAGUAAGCAGGCGGAGCGCGGGGAGAAGAGCGGGGAGCGCAGCGCCAAAGCCGGCGUGAAAAGAAGCCCCGCGUCCAAAGCAGUGAGCAGGACACACAGGCAGGGGAGUUUGAAGAGCGCCGCGGGACUGCAGGACUACGCGUCUCCCGGUGACCACCAGGCGCUCUUCAAGUCCAGGCCAGUGUCUGGGGCAAGGCAGAUCCCGGAGAAGCGCGCGGGAGAGGCGCGGCGCAGCCACUUGUUCGGCGGGGCAGGCAGCCUGGAGAGCGGGCCUCCCUCAGUCGGAGUUCCGGCCAGUCCCACACUGAGCAGCUCGGCAGAGUCCAGUGACCCGCUCAGUCUGUACGAGGAGCAGAGUCCCGCCACCAGCGAGUCCUCAACACACACCGCGCGCCUCAGGUACACACGCGCCUCCUCCCCGACACCAUCAGCCUCCCACUCUUCCUCAUCUGUGUCAUCGUCGUCAUCAUCAUCAGAUGAAGAGUUUGAAGACGAGCGGGUCGACCCGAACCCGAGCCCCGGCUUUGAGAGCAUGUCCCUGGGUGGCAUGGGCUUCUCCGACACGGAGCUCGACCGAGACUUGGACUGGAGCUUCGGGGAGUGCGGGGCGGGGUCUCACUUCGACUUCCCCGACUACUGCACGCCGGAGGUGAGCGAGAUGAUCUCAGGAGACUGGCUGGAGUCCACUAUCUCCAACCUGGUGUUCACCUACUGACCUGAACACUGACCACUGUGGAGAGGAACCGCGACUUUCCUCCACGUUUUUGAGCAGUUCACACCCCCCGCAGACGUGCGCGUGAGUCCAGACCUGAAUAUUACCGCCAUUCUUUCACUAAAUAAGGGAGAGUGAAGAAGACAGGGCAGAGAAAGACGGCCUGUGCGCGCGUUGAAGCUGCAGGAACGCGCCGCUCACAGACUUGGACAGAGCGUGGUGCGCCUGUACGGGAGCGCGCAAACGGGGGUGGUGGGAGGAUGCUUAGUUUGCAUCGGGACACGGAGGAGGAGUGAAUGUAAGCAGCGCGAGCAGUGGAACACACGAACUUCAGCUCAACUGUUCAACCUGAUCCACAGAGGAUCCACGAGGACUGAGACUGAACUUUGAAAUCUUCACGACAUUUCGGGGGAAAAUGGACACUUAACUGGAAAGCUCCUCAUGUUAGGUUUUGUUUAAGGUGUAAACAAUUAACAUUGACCAUCAAGUUGCUAUUCAGGUGCAGUUUUUUUUAUCCCAAUCUCGAAAUAGUUUCAAUAUCAGCACGCAUGCCCUCCAGAGACGAGGAGGAUUUUGUUGUGGUUUAAUGCGUAAAAAAUAUGUCAUUGCUGCGUAAUUACGCAAUUUGUGUGACCAUAGGACACAGUUCACUAUCACCAGCUUCUCUUUCAACGGCAGGACUUUCAGAACAAACAAACAAAAAAAAAACAACAAAGACUGACUCAAACUUUCAGAAAGCCCCUUUCUGAACCUUUUAAAACACUCAGUGCACAAUUCAGGACCAAUGUUUUCCCCCCCGACGCGCAUCCUUUCUGCCUAGUGCUUCAACUUUGUAGUUCCUCUGUGUCAGAUGACGUUUUUUUAUAUUGAUGUAUUUAUACCGGCCAAACUUUUUUAUACAUAGAAGUAUUGUUCUCGUACAGGUCUCAUUUGUGUUUGUGCACAUACACCUGUCUCUGUAUCCUGCGCGGAAGGGCUAGAAGUGUGUCUUAUUUAAAAAAAAACAAAAACAAACAAACAAACAAAAAACAAUGUCUGACUUCUCUCACUUUUUAGGAGAUUUGAGUGUGUCAUGAUUU